CCAAAUUUUGCAUUAUUCUCUUAAUCUUCAGCAACGCUCGCAACUCAAUAGCGUCUGUCUUUCGGAAAAUUUAUAAAGUUUGUUAACUCUAAGCAUAAUACGUUGAUGAUAACUCAUAGCUGGAAAGAAAACUCGAUAGUUCUAUAGAUUAAAUUGACAUUUCACGUGUAUCUAUUUACUCUAAGGCGCAGGAUUAACACCGCACAUCCAGGGCUUCUUUCACUGUAUAGCCAAGAUAAUGGAAUGUAAAAUGCUGCUGCUUCAGUAAAGCGCAAAAUGGUGAGGUCAGUUAAACAAAUAAAGUGCAAUAUUUGAAAAUCUCUUGGGAAUCGUAAACUUUAAUAUGCCGGAAUAAUAUCUGUUUGAGAUGGCCGAAAAAUUGUAUGAAUAUCAGGGAUGCAUAGGGUGGUUGCAUGGCUUUAAGGAUAAUUUGAAAGAGAAAUAUUCCCAUCUUAAAGAGAAUGGUUUAAGUUGUUUGAAUGAGAAGUUAAGUGGUCGUGGUGAGAUAGAUGUUAACAGCGAGGAUUUUUCUCAUCUUUACAGAAGGAAAACAAGAAAAGAACUAGUGCGCAUUUCAGCCGCUGUGAUGGGCAUAGAAUUUUCUUACGCUGCAGAAACGGCCUUUGUUUCACCAACACUUCUGAAAAUUGGCGUAGAACACAAACAUAUGACGCUCGUGUGGGCUCUGUCGCCGCUCAUCGGGUUCUUUUUGACUCCGAUUCUGGGCUCAUUGAGUGACAGGUGUCAUCUGAGCUUUGGUAGGAGGAGACCCUUCAUUUUGGCUAUGUCUCUGGGCGUUUUCCUAGGUCUCAUCUUAGUUCCAAAUGGUGAAUAUCUAGGCUACGCAAUGGGUGAUCCAAGACCUUCAAAUAAGCUCACUAAAGUAGCCGCUCACAAAAUUAGUGCAUCCUCAAAAAGCGUACCUAUCACCAGCGACAUGACCAGAACUAUAGCAUUAAAUGAAACAGAACCUCUACCGAGAUCGACUGUACCUUCACACGAACUGCCCCCAUUGUAUCAUUCUUGGGGUGUUUUCUUCACCAUCCUUGGAACAGUUUUGUUGGAUUUUGACGCAGAUGGUUGCCAAAGUCCGGCUAGGGCGUACCUUUUAGAUGUUACUGUACCAGAGGACCAUGCUCGUGGUCUGAGUACUUUCACUAUAAUGGCUGGACUAGGAGGAUUUUUUGGGUAUGCUCUUGGUGGAAUAAACUGGGAUGUUACCUUUAUUGGAAAACUUUUGGGAGGCCAUGUUCGAGCAGUAUUCACUUUGAUCACAGUGAUUUUUGUGGUAUGUGUGACUUAUACGGUCACCAGCUUCAAAGAAAUCCCACUGGGCCUCUUGGAGCUCAAAGCAGAUCAUUCUGAAUCAAUACCUUUCGAGAGCUCUGAAGAAGGAAACGCCAGAAGAGUCAAAGCUUAUGGAACUUUGAAAGAUGAUACUGGGGAGGAAUAUGAUGGAGAUAGCUCAUAUCAGAAUAUUCAAAAUGGUGACCAAAUGCAAGAGCCUCUACAUCAGGUCUAUGAAACUCCAAGAAAAAGUAUUGCUCCAAACCCAAAUGCUUCCUUCUUGAUAUACUUACAGAGUAUCAUUUACAUGCCACAUUCCAUUAGGAUGUUGUGUCUUACAAACCUAUUUUGUUGGAUGGCACAUGUUUGUUACUCUCUGUAUUUUACCGAUUUUGUUGGAGAAGCAGUAUACUUAGGGAAUCCAGUAGCGAGUGAAGGUACUGUGGAAAGGGAACUCUAUGAAUCGGGAGUACGUUUUGGAUGUUGGGGCAUGUCUAUGUACUCCUUGUCAUGCGCUUGUUAUUCUUCUGUCAUAGAAACAUUCAUUACUAUGUUUGGAGCUAGGCGGGUAUAUGUUGGUGGACUGCUAGUCUAUUCGACAGGGAUGUUUCUGAUGGCUGUCAGCAAGCAUGUAGUUGGUGUCAUACUGUUUAGUUGGACAGCUGGGGUCAUGUAUUCUACUUUGUUCACAAUGCCUUAUUUGAUAUUGGCACACUACCAUUCUACCGGUGUGUUUGAACAGCCUACAGAAGGAGAUCAGCCAAAGUGCCUGAGCCAAAUCCGUGGUCUUGGAACUGAUGUGGCCAUCGUUUCAAGCAUGGUGUUCCUGGCGCAGUUCCUGUUAUCCAUGUGUAUGGGCACAAUAGUUAGCGUGAGUGGAACUACCACAGCUGUGGUAGCUGUGGCUAGUGCUUUGGCAUUUUGCGGGGCUAUCUCAGCUACUAGAGUUGUCUAUGUCGAUCUUUAACGGAAAACGAAAUCACAUUAUCCCUGAUAAUAUGUAUACAGUAUUUUAGCACUAACACUCUACAACUGAAGUAUCUUAGGGAAGUCGCUGUAAAUAGCAACAGUGAUUCGGGCCUGUCCAUUCGUAAAAGCCACCCAAAACCUUAUGGGGAAUGGCUUUCGGAUAUUUUUUCAAAUUCAGUUGUAGAUCUCAACAUGUAGAAUAAUAGUGUUCAGGGGCCUAAACCUUUCCCAGUUAGAAUUUCUGAGGACCACCAUGCUGGGCUUCUGUAUCCAAUCAUUUACAACAAAUAGAUUUUGGUUUCGAUAAACAAUAUGGAAUAGCUGUUUAUUUAUUCAUGUUCGUAUCAUCAUGUCUCCUAGCCGUUUCAUCAGCAACGCAAUUCUGACUUACAUGGGUUGUGUAUUGCUCUGAGAUACAAACUUUUCCAAAAAUCGGACUGCACUGUAUUGUGGGAAUAUAUUUCAAAAAUUUUCAGUACUAUACAUGAUAUCCCACUACAGAGCUGGAUGUUGGGUGAUGUUUUUAAUAGAUACCAUAUUUUUUAUUUUAUAUUCAGAUAGCCCUAAAGACUGCUGCGUUUUUUCGAGUUUUUCUUUGAAACAGAGGUUGUCUAAGAAACGCUGAAAGUUGUUCGAUUCCGGUUCUCUCAAAUGCACAUAAUUGAUGAUUAGGGCAACCAGUGUAUUUUAAUAUACCCACUAUGUGUGAAUUCAUUUUAGAUACCUAGCCAAAUGUGUUUUAUGGCGAAAUUGAGGGAUUUCGUUUUAAAAACCUAGGUAUUAGUGGCCGAUAUACAGGUUAACAUAGAGAUGUGACAAUGACUGAAAAAAAACCUUUUUAGGUAGGUAUCAAUUAAUUUGUGGAAAAUCGAUUUUCUCUAUUAGUUGACAAACUGCGUGCUUUUUUAUAUGAUAAUAAAAUUAACAGAGCAGCAUUGACAAUUUAUCAUAAUAAAAACCAAGUCAGAUAAAUAUAAAAUAAUCAAAACUGCGGUCUCCUGAUGUAACAAGUAAAAGACAAAUAUAAAGGUUUUUCAGUGUACACAUAUUAUUAGAAUUACAUAAACAAGAUGAGUACAACAGAAACAUUAAAAAAUUUAAAAUACUAAACAAAACUGGUUUGUGAACUUCAAACAAUAAAAUAUUACGAAUAAUUAUUCUCAGACUUUUUGAUAUUAUAUUAUAUUUUUAAAUAGCGGCGAACAUCUUGGAUUUGCUUUUUUAUGGUGUAUUGAAUUUAUAAAGUCAAGUCUUUCCAUUUGAUACUCAUACUGAAGAGGCUUGAUUAAUAAUCUCUCGCGCCAUCUUGUAGCGGGCCUAUAAACGUAAUGGAUUUUCAAUAUUGGUGGACCAGUGAACCUGCUGGUAGUGAUGGUAAAAUAAGAAAGUAAAAUAGGUAUCAACCAGUUAUACGCUUACUGUAUACGGAUUCAGUCUGCCCAACUUGAAUGGCAUGUAUCUCGAAGACUACUCGUGGAAAACUUUGGGGGCGAAUCAUGGACACUUUUUGAGUAUAUAUUGAGAUCUACAACAUACUAAAUUUAAAAAAAAAUUAGUCAUCAUAACGUUUCAGCGGGGUCGACGAGAUCGACAUUACUUGGCUAGCGGUACCAUCAAUACUCCCUGUGAGGUUUGAGUUGGGUGAUAUGGUGGUAGCCUAUACUCUAUACUAUACAUAUAAUAUCUGAGUUGACAAAAGGAAAUAUUUUUAACAAAAAUGUCAACAAAUACACCACUUAUUUAGCUUUGUAAAGCAGCGUGCAUACUAAUGACGAUAUAUCUAGUUGAAAAUAAUUGAAUAAAAAUAUAUUUUUUAACUCAUUCAGAUUUACAGGUAUGUUUGGAUUUCUUUGGACUUCCAUAUGACUAGUAUUAUUCCUGUGACAAAACAGUUUUAACCAGGACAUAUAAUGAGUAUCGCAAGCCACUUAGUUAUUUUUAUAGCUUAGGCGAAUUUUCUAGAUUAAGAGUAGACUAAGAUUUAUUUUGUUCAUAUUAUUUAUCAUCGAUUCAUUUUUGUAGUUGCAGUUUAUAAUUGCUAUUAAUUUCAUAUAAAUAUUAAAU